AUGGCUUUCUUCAAUCCUAAGUCAGCACCGGUACCAAUAGCUCCUCCACCAAAUGGCGAACUGUCUUAUGGAUCAGCAGGUGACUCAGAUCCUGGUGGUUAUCCGAUGGGAUUUCUUCUUGAAAAUACUAUGGAUGUACUCACGUUUUUAACAAACUUAUUCGUUCUCGUUGUCUUGUACGUGGAAAAGAAGGAAUACAGAUGUUCAUUCUAUUUGAUUAUGACGAUAUACAUGGGUCUGACAUUGCUCGUUUCGUUUUCCAGUCUCGCUUAUUGUUUGGCUUCAAGUUUUUCUGUCUCUAUCAGAAAGUCAGAAGAAAUAGCCAAAGCUUCAUGUAUAAUCGAUUACUUCACUUCAUUCUAUGCUGUCGCUCUUAUAUUCCUAAUGGCAUGUGAGAGAUGUUUCAUUCUUGUUUAUCCUCACCUCUUCGCAAUGGUAUUCAGAGGGAAAGUUUUAGUGGCAACUUUGUGUGGUUCGGGAAUAAUCACUCUCGUUCUCACUUUCCUUGUUUCUGAUGCUUCCGAAACGUCAAGAAUGUAUGAUCCAGUCACAGGAAUGGUAUAUGACUAUGCUAAAGAUCCAGAUUUCGUAGCGACAAUCAAUAAUGUGUUUUACAUCAUUCCACUACUGACAACAGUCUUCUUUGCACGAAUUUAUUAUUAUUUACAACAAAUAAAGAAAGAUGCUAUACUUGGUAAGACCAAGAACAUGGUCGAUAAAGCCGAAGUUUCGAAUUGCCGUCAAGCGUUAUGUGUCGUUGGAACUUACUCGAUUUGUCUUAUACUCCAUUUCGUGCUUGAUUACGUUGAACCAGGACAGCUGGAGCAAUUCUUAACAAUGGCAGAAAGGCUUGUGGCUUCCUUACCUCAAGUCUUCUUACCUUUAUCGCUCAUCCUAUGCAGUUCAAAGAUUCGACGUUCAAUCAAGAUAUGCAUGUGUUGCCAUAAAGAGCCAACUCGAGUUGGAUCCGCUACCAGCACUUCAAAUUCACGAAAAUUCUUAGCCAGUUUCCGGCUUUCUUUACCCAAUCUCUCGACCAAAACGUGA